GAUUUGUAAACAAACCUUUAAGUCACGUGGUGCUUGGAAAACUGGUUGAAACGGGUUGUGUUGUGGUAUAAACCAGAAUAUUCUGUGCAACAGUGACAAUCAACAGUAACAAGUUCAAUCCGGCUUUAAGCUAGUGGAACUAAUUGCUGGCAUUACUUCUAAAGGAGAAACAACCUAUUUGUGACCAAAAGGAAAAUAAAUAAAACCCAUUAUGUCAGAGUAUGGAUCUAAAGAUUUGAGAAUGGAGGAUAGUGAUUGUGAUGAUACCGUCAGUUAUGUCUCUAGUCCAAACUUAACUCCACUGCCAAUAAAGAAAUUCAAGCCACCUGAAUCUGAUGCAGGAACCGAUCUGUUACCAGUUUGUAGAAUCUGUCAACUUCCUGGCGAUGAAAAGGAAAUAUUAUUUGCUCCCUGUAGAUGUUCGGGUACUCUUCGAUAUGUUCAUUAUGCGUGUUUGUUGAAAUGGCUAGAAAUACUCACUAAGAAAGGCAAGAGACCACCACACUGUGAACUCUGCCGCUUCCAUUACAUUCGUCACAAAAGAUUUAAGUUCCAUAAUUGGAGAUUUCCAAGAGUGAAUAUCAGAGACAAGUGCCUCCAUGCCAUUUUUUUCUUCAACUUGUUAAUCAUGGUAUCCUGUGCUAUAGCAACAGCAUUGUGUUUCCUCUCAGACAAAGGACAGGUUAUGAAAUACCCCAAGAACAAAGUGGAGCUGACCACGGAAGAAGUGAUCACCCUGACCUGUGGAGUAAUGUUUUUUGUGUCUUUCUUUAUUGCCAUGACUGUUGAAAUAAAGGCUAAACAUACUAUUUAUAAACUGUUUACUAAGUUUGUUACUCACAAUACAGAAUGGCAGAUAGAGCCGUAUGAUAAAAGUGCUGAUUUAUAUUAUGGGCCACCGCAGAUGGUAUAGAUAAAUGUUAAAUUACAGAUCUGAACACUAAUACUGGAUAUACCGUACUGAUCGGCCUGUAUUAUAUUUAAUCACUCUGUUAAUUAUUUACAGUUAAAUAUAUUAUCAAAAUAACCUGAACUACCAGAUAUCUGUAACUCUACUUCAGUUUUUUCUGUGUAUUUUAUUGGUGUCACCCAUAAUUAGCUUAAAAACUCCUAAUUUAAUUUAUGCAGUAAAAGAUGUCUCAAGAAAAAUGUAUGUAUAGACACUUUUGCUGAUUAAUUUGAAGGAAUUUGAUACUCAGUUGAUAAAGAGGCAUUAUCACUUUCACCAGCAACAUAAAUAAAAUUAUUUGAAUAAUAUUUUAUUUUCAAAGUAACUAUUUACACCAAGAAAAUAAAUGUAAUUACCAUUAAUUUUGAAUGAUUUUAAUAAUAAUAUGCAAAAUACCCGUAACCAAAAACCCAAGUAUGGACCUACUUAGGGAAAGGUACAUGUAUUUUGUGCAAGUGGCCAUUAUAGUUAUAGCCCUUGAAAAUCAUUGUAGGACUCCUGAAUUGAUAGUCAAAUCUAUAUCUUCGAUAAUUUAGUAGAUUUGUCUCCAAUUUUGCAUACAGUCUAAUUUGACAUGCACAAUGGAACUAUUGUGGAAGGUCCAACUGAAAAUUAAUUUCACCUGCCUCCAAAGUGCGGAUGCCUCUUUAAGCUUACAUAGAGAUAUGGUUGAAUAAGACUCUAAUUAAUAUGUAUAACCAUGUAUCAGCUUAAUUUAUUUGGCAUUUUAAGCAUCAUAAAGCUACUACAGGAAACUCUUAUAGAUGUAAAUUUAUACAAUUUGAAGUGAUUGUAUUAUUAUUUAGGUUAUGAGUUUAUUAGGGUACCAAAACUGACACGUUAAAAGUCAUCUGUGAGGAAUAUGAUAUAUAAUUGAAGUUAUUCUUUGUAGAAUUAUUAUCCAUGGCUACAAGAAAUGAACAUGUAUUAAAAUGUAAAUAAUUUGAUAUACUUAUAUGACAAUGCAAAUGGUUUCUCAUGAAAAUAUUUAUUCUGAGGCGGAAUUUUUCUUGAAAAUCUUAUUCCAGAGUUAAAUUUUCCUUUAAAAUUUUCAUUCUGCAGAAAUAUUUCUUGAAUUAUAUGUUCCAGUGAUGAAUUUCUAUGGAAAUAAAACAUGACGAGAUAAGCAUAAUUAAUGCCAUGCUCAAUUAUGCAUUUAUAUGUAAAAAAAAUCUCCAGUCAUUUUUAUGGUUAUUUUUCAAAUAAAAUUUUGUAAAUAAUGAAUAGAAAUAAGCCCCAAAAUGUACAUAUUGAGAACAGCACAUCAUUGUAUAUAGUACUGUUUGUAUGGAAUUCUCACAGGAACUCUUGUAUAUAUUUUGUUUUGUGAGUGCUAAAAGCUAUAUAUGCAUAAUAUAAUGUGUCAUCUAAAACUGGGGGAAUACCAGAGGCUUCCUUCCAGGCUAAAUAUAUUAUUGUCUCCAAAUAUUAAACAAUAAAUUCAUGUAUUAGCACAUAUGUAUCAUGUUUUUAAAUAUUGUGCCUUACAUGUAUAGAAAAUGUUUCAUUGUGUUUCUAAACAUUAAAAUAUACAUCAUACUUACCUAUAUCUUAGUAAAUUCAUUCAUCUGUUUGUAAUAAACAUUUCACUAUUUUCAAUAUGGUGACAGGCUGAUUAAUUAAUGUGUUUGAGUGUAUAAUGUAUAAUUUCGUCUUCACAUGCACUUUAAACCCUUCAUGUCUUUCAGUCAUUUAUCAAAUUUGAUGAGAUUAUAUGUGAGUUAAAUUUAAGAAAUUUUUUUACACAUUUAUCUUAAUAAGCUUGUAAUAUAUAUGUGACAGAUUUAGUGUGGUUUAGCUGAGAAUUAAUUCUAAAAUAAAUGGCAAAUUAAAUUAUUUUGAUUUGAAUGUCCCAUGACGUGUUUUAACGAAUGCAGUGAAUGUCUGAUGUGUGACAUUAUACAGAUUUGUUAGUAAAUAUAGUUUAAUAAGGGUAUUACUUAUAUAGGAAGAUUGUUCUGGUUGGCAUAACUUCAUAUUGCUCAUAGCUUUAUUAUUUUCUCCAUUCAGAAGGCGGAAGACAGUGGUGGACUUGCAAUCAUGUUAUUGUACACACAUGUUGUUUUGCAUUGUUUCAUUUUGGAAAUGUUCAAUUAGAACACCAUUUUUUGUUGAAAACACUUAUGGUCUCUUAGCAAAAUGAAAAAAUAUACAUGUGUGCGCAAAAUUUAUUCUAACACAGCUAAGCCCACUGUGCAACUGACUAAAUUUCAUGCCACUGUGAGAAGACAAAAUUAAACAUUGAUAGGCCUGAUCAAAUAAUCAUUCUGGUCAUUUAUUAAUUAUUAGUUACUACAUUAAUUUUCAGGGUGUUUUACGUUUGUUAUUGUUUAUGUUUGUUAUUUUUAUUUUCUCUAAUUGAAAAACAAAACUCUAUAAUAAGUAUUACACUUUUAUUUAAUAGAUAUGAUAUUCCUAAUUAUAACAAUUACAAAUUGUCUCUAGAAAUACAGUUUUCUUUUUUUAUUGCAUAUCUUGCCACAAUUCAGCAGUUUAAUCAAAUAACUGUGGUUCUCUAUAUCGUAGAAUUUCUUCAUUAAUUUUAUAUGUUCAGUUAUUAUUUGACUUUGUUCAAAUGAUAAUAAAUUUUAAUACUCUUUUGUUCUAUCGUCUAUUUAUAAUGUCCAAAUAAAUCAGAGUAAGUUUUUGUAUUAGUAGUUUAUAAGUCAUAUUUUUAGUUUAAAAUAUAUUAUUUUGAGUUAAAUAUGAAUUUGUGUUUGUUUACUCAGUACGGUAUGAUUGAGUGAAGAUUAAAUAAUAAAAUACCUUUAAUGGUCGACCAACUAAUUUUACUGACCUGAUUGUUUGAUAAACAGUGAAAUUAUUGAUGUGUCAUUAAUAUUUUCUAUGAAAAUAAAUGUUAAUUAUUAUUAAUUAUUAUGUGGAUUAAUUAGAUUGUUUUAGUCAUGUUGACUACUGCUUAUUAAGAAGGCCUUUUAUCAACAUUACAAAUCAACCAAACUUAAACUCAUCCAUUACAUACGGUUGUACAAAGAAGGAAAAAAUAUUUGGCAGUUACUUUUAAUAAAUUAUCCUCGGUUUCGUGUUACUGAAUACAGCAGAAUUUCGCCAGAUUCAAUUAUUGAGCUGUGAAAUUAGAACAUGUUGAGAUUCCACCGUGCUGGUAGUGAGUUGUUGUUAUUAGUUCAAUUGUAAUGUUAACAUAAGGUAUUGAAUGAUACCCACAAUAAUGAACCAAUGAUUAUGUUACAGAUUAUUUUGUAUAUAUAUAUAUAAUAUAUCACAGUAAUUACUACAGUGAUUUUUGUGAUGACAUUAAAUCCAAAAAUGUUUAACUAUUAACAUAAAAUAUGUGUAUAAUAAUUAUUGUAAAUAUAGUGCUAUAUGUGAGUGUUCUUUAUGUUAUUUCAAUUAUUGAUUAAAUUAUUAUAACAUACUUGAGGACAAAAUUAUAUUUUAUUCUCUUCAUUUGUUUAAUUGUUAUAUUGUUAUUUGAUAUAAGAAUGUUAAGAUAUCUUUGUGUGUAGUGCUAGUAAUAAAUGUUAUGUAGAUAAAAUCACAGUGUACAUGUGACCUAUUAUUUGUAUUAUAAUUUAUGCACAUUAUGUAAUGGUAUGGUAUAAUUCAUGUAAGAAAGUUAUUGUAUGAUUAUAAUCUAUGGGAUAUGUUUUUAUGCCAUUCUCUGAAUUGUUUUGUGAUGUUCAUUGCAUUUCUAUACUUUUUCACAUUAAAAAUAUCAAAUAAA